CUUUAACCUUUAGGUCAUAUAAGGUCACAAAGAUGGCUGCCCCCUUCCAAAGAUGUGCCUGCCGGAUUGUAUUAAGAUCUCGGAUAAGUCGAGUACAACGUGACGCAAGGAGCCUCAGUUCGUCAGGAAUAGCAGGAAAUAAGUCUGAAACUGCACCAACAGAAGAAAAGGGGUCUGAAGAAGUUCCACUUGUCAUUCCCAGGAAGAAGAAAUGGGACAAACUUGCAGUUUUGAAAGCACUUUCAACCACGGUCAAAAGGGAUCCCACUUCUGUGGACUACAAUUUCAUUGAUGAUCCCUACUUGAUUCCAAGAACAACCAUGCAGUAUAAAUGGUUUUCUCUAGCAAAGGAGUCUGGACAGAAAGCAGCUGAGUUCUUCAUCAACAAAAAUCCACAGUUCUUUCAGCAGGAAUUUGCUGAACCUUCCAUAGAGGCUUUCUUGCCAAAAACUAGUACCUUCCUGAUUGAGGAGCCAUGUGAGGAAGCUUUACAGGAGAGGCUGAGCAGGAAAGCACUCAAGGCUGCCACAGACAUGUAUUUCCAGAUUGUUGACGGUGGUGGGACAGUGUCCCAGGACAUGACAGCUGACCUGUUGGACCUGCUGUGUUUCCAUGGCAGCAGGGAUCCCGGGCAGGAGGCCAGCUUACUCAGUCCUGAGGAGCAGGAGGAGGAUGCAGAGCCCUCCAGACGGAGGAGUAAUGUGAAGGGGAGGAUGAGGAGGGCAAAUGAACCUGCUGUACGUCGCUGGAGGGACGGUGAUGAUGCAGACAGACUGUUUAACUCUCUAGCUGAACCAAGUGCCCGGAACUACUGCAGCCUCAUCAAGGGUCUGGCCAAGUAUGAAGCAGCUGACCAAGCCUUUAGAACAUACAAUGACAUGCAGCAGAAAGGAUUACGAGCUGAUGUAUCCACCUACAAUGCCCUGAUCUAUUCUGUCAAGGAGGUCAGAGACCGGUAUGAGGAAAGAUGGGACCUUAUUCAGCAACUUCUGAACCAGCUGAGACUGGAGCAGAUCCGGCCCGACCUGCAGACGUUCAACGCCACGCUGCGGUCACUCCGCUUCUGUGGCCUGACCGGCAGGAGGUCGUGUCUGGACGUACUCAGGGAGAUGGUACACCUGGGCAUAGAACCAUCCCUGGCCAGUUAUACUCACAUACUGUCCAUCUUCAAUCCAUCCAAUACACCCCCAAGUGAUAUCCUGUACCAGAUUAUGGAUGAGAUUGAACGAAAGGAGUUUACUAUACAGGACCAAGAUGACAAUCGCUUCUUCGUGGAUGCCAUGAACAUGUGCCUCCGCAUGAAUGAUGUUGAGCUUGCCUAUCGGCUCCACAAGUUACAGGAGACGGGGGAAAACUGGAGGCUUCUGGGAGAUUCCUAUGCGCGGUCUGUCUACUAUGGAAAGUUUCUGAAUCUGAUUUGUCAGAUGGAGGGAGGAGAAGAGAUGUGGAAGUGGUACAAGAACCUGGUGCCCUCGGUGUAUUACCCAAAUGUUCCUGCAAUCCUCAACAUCCUGAGAGCCCUGGAGGUCAGCAACAUGCAUCACAAGGUCACAGACUUGUGGGAAGAUAUUCGGUCCCUGCAGCACUUUAACAAGCAGGAGUUAGUGGAGGGAGUCCUGGAGUUCAUGGCCAGAGAGAAACAGGCUCCUGAGGUCCAACAGCUGUUCAUGCCAGUUGUACAGAACAUCAAGGACAACAUUGAGUUUUACUACAAGGCAGCAGCCCCAGCUCGCAGAGCUACUCUAAGCUGGAGUUCAACCUCUUUGAGCAACCUUCUGAUCCUGUACCUCAGAGCUGGGGAACUCAAGAAGGCCAGUGAGAUGCUUCCACUGUUCAAGGAGCACACCAAAACUCCAAGGGCAGAGGCUAUGGAGGAGUACCUGGCUGUCUGUGUUGAAGCAAAGGACAAAGUCAAAGCCAAGGCUGGUUUGAGUGUUGCUGUACACUGUGGACUGCCCAAGAUUGUGGAAUAUGCAGAGAACCUGAAAUCAUCCAUGACAGAAAUAGAACAGAGCGAGAUAGAUGCCAUUCUGAAGGAAGAGAUCAGUGUGGGAGCAGAAGAAAUGAAGACCAACCAGUAACUCUGUACAAACUAGAAACAAAGUUCCAGUAAAAAAGUGUAGUGCUCAAGAAACUUACAAUGUACCUGAAUAGUCGUCCAGUGUUGUAUUAAAGUUAAUAAUCAACUUUCA